AUGGCCAAUUCAACUUCACCUCUUCUCUCGAAAUCCGACUCAUCGGAGCUGGAAAUUCCAGACGCCGAUGCAACCCAACCCAAUUUGCUAGACGAACUGGUCGAAUGGUGCAUCGGAGGGCUCGAUUCUAGGCAGAUCCUCCAAGCCAUGCUUGUUUCGCUGGCUUGGUUCUUCGAUGGACAACAGGCCUACAUCAGCGACUUCACCGAUGCCGAGCCGACGUGGCACUGCACCGGCACGGCUAAUACGACAUGCGACUCGAGCUCCGAUGUCUGCGACCUCUCGGACAGUUCAUGGGCUUGGGAUGGGCCUGCUUACAAGUCCAUCAUAUCGGAGUGGGCCCUCGAGUGUGCAAACUACUUCAUCACGGGCCUGCCCACUUCAUGCUUCUACUUGGGCUGCCUGAUAGGCGGUUUUGCAUUCGCCACCCUCGCCGACUCCUCCCUCGGCCGUAAGAAUUUGCUCGUCCUCUCGUGUUUGAUAAUGUCAUUAGCCGCUCUAGCGACCUCAUUUUCCCCCGACGUUUGGGUGUACUCGGCCCUACGGUUCGUGAGCGGGUUCGGACGAUACCUCCUUAGAGAUGCUUCAUGGAGAUAUCUCUACGUCGCGACCUCCACACCCGCGCUCAUCUACACUUCGGUGACUUUCUUCCUCGUAAGGGAGUCCCCGAAAUGGCUCUUCAUGCAAGGCCGCGACAAGGAAGCCCUGGCGACACUGACCAGAUUCGCGCCGCCGACAAAGCACAGUAGACUGAAACAGUACCUAUCGAGGUUGCUCCACGAGCAAGAAACUACGAAAUCGGGCCUCUACUCUUCAUUAAAGUACAUUCUUGACCGGCGAUGGGCUUCAGCACGGCUGUUGAAGGUGAUGGCACUCGGGUUUGGCACGGGGAUGAUGGACUACGGCAUAUUGUUGGGGGUGGGGAACCUCGGUUUCGACCUUUACCUAAGUGUCACCUUCAAUGCCUUGGUAAUUCUACCUUCGUAUGUGGCUUCCUACUUCUUGAUAGACAGAUGGAAGAGGAGAGAUUCAGUUCUCAGCUUCACCAUGCUCAGCGGGUCACUCAGCAUAAUCUGUGCAAUUUUGGGAAGUGGGAGCUUAUUAGAGAUAGGGUUCGAGCUGGGCUCGUUCUUUUGCACGUGCGUGGCGUACAACGUGCUCCUGAUCUACACCAUCGAGCUGUUCCCCACGCGUGUGAGGAACUCGGCAACGUCCAUGAUGAGGCAAGCUGUGGUGCUUGGGGUGCUGUUGGAUCCAACGUUGAUUUCAGCUGGGAGAGACAUGAGGUGUUUGACGUUCUUGGUGUUUGGAGUGACCAUCAUUUGCUGUGGUUGUAUGGCUGUGUUCUUGCCAGAGACUCUCUGUGAUGCCUUGGAUGAACAAGAGCAGAGAAUCACCACAACUUCAUGA